AUGCCCCUGACGUCCACUCCUGCUCGCAUAACUCUCCUCGCUCUCCUCUCUGCCACCACAAUCUUCUGCUUCUAUAAGUCUCGCCGCCUCAAAAAACUCUCCAUAAACCCUAAUUCUAACCCUAACAAAUCCAAACUUUUCUUCAUCUCCCAAACUGGCACUUCCAAAACCUUAGCUUGUCGUCUACACAAUCUCUUAACCUCAAACAAUCUCCAUUUUGAUCUCGUCGAACCCCAAAAUUACGAGCCCGAGGACCUCUUCAAAGAAAAAUUGAUAAUAAUCAUUGCUUCCACUUGGGAAGAUGGUAAACCGCCUCAAAAUGCGAAAUUCUUCGCGAAUUGGCUUGCCGAAAGCGCAGACGAUUUUCGUGUCGGUUCGUUAAUGCUCUCGGAAUGUAAGUUCGCGGUUUUUGGUGUUGGAAGUAGAGCUUAUGGCGAUACAUUUAACGCUGUGGCUAAAGAUUUUUCGCGGCGGUUGAGGGGAUUGGGAGCAAAGGAGGCUGUGGGAGUUGGUGAGGGUGACGUGGAUAGUGGUGAAUUGGAUGGGGUUUUUGAGGAGUGGAGUGAGAGACUGGUUAGGGUUUUGAGAGGAGAGAGUGUGGAGAAUGGAGAGGUUUGUGGUAAUGGAGGGGUAGUUAGUGGUGAGAGUGAUUAUGAGAGUGAUGAAGAUGAAGAUGAGGAGAAUGGUGGGGUCGAGUCGGGUAUUGUUGAUCUUGAGGAUAUUGCGGGCAAAGGGCCGUCAAGGAGGUCAGUUGUUGUGGCUCAAACUAAUGGGAAAUCAAAUGGAGCGAAUGGGGCAUUGAAUGGUCAAAAAGAAAUGGUGACUCCUGUGAUUAGGGCAAGCUUAGAAAAGCAGGGAUACAAAAUCAUUGGUUCUCAUAGUGGUGUUAAGAUUUGUAGAUGGACCAAAUCACAGCUUAGAGGGCGAGGAGGUUGUUACAAGCACUCUUUUUAUGGAAUCGAAAGUCAUAGGUGCAUGGAGGCAACUCCAAGUUUGGCGUGUGCCAACAAAUGUGUUUUCUGUUGGAGACAUCACACAAAUCCUGUAGGAAAGAGCUGGCAGUGGAAAAUGGAUGAUCCUCUAGAGAUAGUGAAUUCUGCCAUAGAUUUGCAUUCAAAGAUGAUUAGGCAAAUGAAAGGAGUUCCUGGUGUUACUCUUGAGCGAUUGAAUGAAGGUCUUUCUCCCAGGCAUUGUGCUUUAUCACUUGUUGGUGAACCUAUUAUGUAUCCAGAGAUUAAUACACUUGUGGAUGAGCUGCACCGAAGGCGAAUAUCUACAUUUCUAGUAACAAAUGCACAGUUCCCUGAGAAGAUCCAAAUGCUGAAGCCUCUCACCCAGUUAUAUGUCAGUGUGGAUGCUGCAACAAAAGAUAACCUGAAGGCUAUCGAUAGACCACUUUUUGGAGAUUUUUGGGAGCGAUUUAUUGAUUCUUUGAAAUCUCUCAAGGAGAAGCAACAACGGACUGUUUAUCGUUUGACACUGGUGAAAGGGUGGAACACAGAGGAUGUAGAUGGUUAUUUUAACCUCUUCAGCAUUGGGCAGCCUGAUUUCAUUGAAAUCAAAGGCGUUACAUACUGUGGAUCGUCUGCUACGUCAAAGUUGACGAUGGAGAAUGUGCCGUGGCAUUCUGACGUGAAAGCUUUUUCAGAGGCCUUAGCUCUUAAAAGCAAAGGGGCAUAUGAGGUUGCUUGUGAGCAUGCCCACUCAUGUUGUGUCCUUUUGGCAAAAACUGAGAAGUUCAAAAUCAAUGGCCAAUGGUUCACAUGGAUAGAUUAUGACAAGUUUCAUGAUCUGGUUGCUGCUGGUAAACCUUUCGAUAGCAAGGAUUACAUGGCUGCAACACCUUCUUGGGCUGUUUAUGGAGCUGAAGAAGGUGGAUUUGAUCCAGAUCAAUUUCGGUAUAGGAAAGAGAGACAUCAUAAAUCCAGUCACUGA